AUGUACGCACCACACACGCCACAGAACAUCCAGGACCGGACGUUGGAGUUCCAGCAGUGUGUUGUAUCCUUUAACAAGCGUGUGUCCAAACAACAACAACAACAACAACAACAGCAGCAGCAGGCAUCACAGCAACAACCACAGAUCAACAAGUCGCAGUUCCAGAUAAGAGCGUCCGAGAUUGCGAAGGACAUCUCGCGCACGUCCGAGCUUCUGGGUAAGUUGGCGCUGUUGGCGAAGAAGAAGCCGCUGUUUGAUGACAACCCUGUGGAGAUCUCAGAGUUGACGUAUGUUAUCAAGCAGGACAUCUUCAAGAUUGAGAAGUCGCUGAAGGGGUUGCAGGAGUACCUGAAGAGCGGUGGUGAUAUGGCGAAUAGCGACAUGAAGAAGAACUCGUCCAACGUUGUGCAGCUGCUGAACACGAGAAUGAGAAACGUCAGUGGUAACUUCAAGGAAGUGCUGGAGACGAGACAAAAGACGGAAUUGCAGAACAAAUCACGUAAGGAGAAGUUCUUUUCCUCGCUACAGAACUCACAGCUGGUGCAGCAGACCACGGCAGAUAACCCGUUCCUGUUCGAUACCGGAGCACACGCGUCUGCGAAUGAAGCUCUGUUGUCAUUACCGCAAGAUCAACAGAUGCAACUGCUGGAGGAACAAGGCCAGGAGUACCUCCAGGACCGUAACCUUGCAGUGGAAACGAUCGAAUCGUCGAUCAACCAGGUGGGUCAACUGUUCCAGCAGCUGGCCACUAUGGUUAAUGAGCAGAGUGAACAGGUUCAGCGUAUCGACAGCAACGUCGAAGACAUCGACAUGAACAUUGUUGGCGCGCAGAGGGAGCUUCUGAAGUAUUUCAACAACAUUAGCAAUAACAGAUGGCUAUAUCUCAAGAUCUUCAGUGUUCUUCUGGUGUUCUUUAUCCUGUGGAUUAUGGUUAAUUAG